AGGUAGUUAGCAGCACCGGCGCCCGCGUGCCUCGUGCAACUGUUCCGUGCCAUCAGCGCGAAUUGCAUCUUUGGUCCCUUUUGCUUCGCGAUCACAAGCCGACUUGAGAAGGGGCGCAAGCUGUCGUCGCCUUCUGUCUAUUCUUACUGCGCUCCCCUGCCUUAUCCUCCACCUGUGCGACCUCGAGGCUCGCAUGCGCCGAGCCGCAAACGUGGUCAAGAUGGCUUCGGACGUCGUCCGCGAUGGCGUCUUCGCCGUCAACAAGCCCUGUGGCAUGAGCUCUGCACAAGUGAUCCGCGAGUGCCAGCAACAGUUCAACCCCUCCGCCUUCUUCAAGCCCAUGAUCGAAGCCGAGAUCACUAAGCGCCUUAAGGAGUCAGGUGGCCAGUUCAGGCGCCGCAAGAUGGAGAAGAGGGCCUCCCAGGUCAAGAUUGGCCAUGGCGGCACCCUGGAUCCCCUCGCUACCGGUGUGCUCAUCCUCGGCGUCGGCACCGCGACCAAGCUGCUCCCGCAGUUUCUCGACUGCACCAAAUCGUACGAAACCAUUGUCAUCUUUGGUGCUACCACAGACACUUACGAUCGAGUUGGGCGCAUAAUCACGAAACGGCCAUACGACCACAUAACAAGAGAAAAGGUGGAGAAGGAGCUCGAGAGCUUCCGCGGCAAGCAAAUACAAAUUCCUCCGUUAUACUCGGCUCUUAAGAUGAACGGCAAGCCCCUCUAUGAGUACGCCCGCGAAGGGAAGCCCAUCCCUCGUGAGAUUCAAGGCAGAGAAGUGGACGCUCUCGAGGUCGAGCUCGUCGAGUGGUACGAGCCCGGCACCCACGAGCACCGGUGGCCCCUGGAGGAGGCAGGCGCCGCGGAGCGUAACCUCGCCGAGCAGGUUUGGCGGGUCAAGAAGAUGCAGGAGGAGUCGAUGAAGCUCACGCCCGAGGAGAAGGAGGUGGACGAUCAAGCCAUCGCGGAGCACGAAUCUUUCAAGCGAAAGUUUGAGGAGCGACAGGACGAGCUUAUUCGCGACAAGCCCCACAAGAAGAAGAAGCCUGGCAAGGACCUGAUGAUGUCGGGUGCCCUCGGCGCGCUGCCCCAGCCUACAUACUCGAGCAAGGGAUCGAACCUGGUGCCGCCGUCGCCGGACAAGGAUACGCCUCCGCCGUGGACGGACAAGGGCCCCGCGGCUUGCAAAAUCCGGCUGACGGUGACGUCUGGAUACUACGUCCGGAGCUUCUGCCAUGACCUGGGCAUGAAGCUGGGGUCCGGAGGUAUCAUGGCCGAGCUGUGCCGCACCCGCCAGAGCGACUUCACCGUCGGCGGAACUAACACGCUCGAGUUUGACGAGCUGGCCAAGGGCGAGGAGGUCUGGGGCCCGCGGGUGGCCGACAUGCUGGCGCGCUGGAACGGCGAGCCCGCGGGCCACUGGCCCGGAACGACGGUCUCACCUGACAAGUCCCCGUUCAAGAAGCACAGCCAGAAGCACGACUUCUCGACCAAGGCUGAGGCCCCCAUGACCAACGGCACAUCAGACAAGCGUAAGCGCUCCUCCCCGUCGGACGACGAAGCUCCCUCCUCGCCGCGCAAGGUCACCGCCCUUCCGGCCGCGCACGACGACGCCAAGCCCGACCUGCAGGCCAGCAACAGCCAGACGCGGUCCGAUGACGAGAAGUCGUGGAGCGGCAUCGAAGACUAACGGGGCACAACGACCCACCCCUCAAGGGGAACGAACGGGCGACACCUCACGCAGCCCAAAGGGCGACGGUGGAGAUGGAACCAAAGCAAAAAGCAAAAUACAAUACAUUACUGGCAUGGCGUUUGAGAGGAACCCCGACGAGGUCGGAGGGGGAUAUCUGGCAAAGGCAGCAGGCGUUGGUGGCAGGCAAGGGCCUUGGAGCUCGUACUUUGCUCUUUGUUUCUUUGAAAAUCAUCUUAUUUGAUUCCAACCUGCUUCUCCUCCCGGUUGGCGCAUUCGAGCGCGUAUGCGUGCGUCGCGUUUGCAUAGCCUGCCCCCCCAUGGGAUCGAGGCACUUUUCAUAAUACACCCACGAGGGCAUUGACUAGCUGCUGCUGCUGUUCAGAGCAUGACGAGUUGGCGGCGCGUUUCGUCAUGCAAAGCCUUGGAGCUGACAAUUUGCAGAUAGCUCAGAAAAAGUUCCGUCCAUUGUUG